UUAACCCUUUUAAACAAAGUCAAGUUGGCCGUGGGCACACCUGAAUUCUGCCACUCAAUAACUUUACACUUGUGAUGCCAUUUCGACAGACAUGAAGCAUGCUACAGCUUCUCUCUUCCACAUUGCGCCAAGCCUACUUUCUGUACUUGUAAUAAGUGAAUCUUCCCUAUAUAUAUAUAUUCAGCUUUUCAACUUCUUUUCCAUCCAUAAAUUCUCUUAACUGAGCACUAUUAUCUAGCUCUGUGUCUGUUUGAGUGAGAGAGAGAGAGAGAGAGAGAGAGAGAUGGAUUCAAGAUCAUCUGCCCCUUGUAAUAAAGAUGCUGAUCAUGAUACGGUGAGGAGAGUGAUAAAGGUCCUAAUGAUGCUAGUGUUAUUGGGUUAUGCUCUUUUGUGGGUUAUGUUACCUACUAAUACAUACAGGCAAAUAUGGCUGCCUAAUUUGCGAAUGAAAGUUAACUCUACCUACUUUGGACAACAAGGUGCAACUAUUUUGACAUUCUCUUUCCCUGUCCUCUUUAUUGCUGUCUUGGGCUGUGUGUAUCUCCACCUUGGAAAGAGGUCCGGUCAUAACAAUUUUAGAAGCAAUGGCAGAAAACAUCCUUUAGCCACAUGGAAGAAACCAAUGCUUGUGAAAGGCCCUCUGGGGAUUGUUUCAGGCAUAGAACUGGCCUUCUUGACAAUGUUCGUUGCACUAUUGACUUGGUCUUUAUCAACUUAUUUACACAAUGGCUUUGCUACCAUCACUCCUCAUUCAGCAGCAAAGAGUGGGGAAAGAGUAUGGGAAGCUAAAUUGGAAAGCUCGGCUAUUAGGCUAGGCGUGGUUGGGAAUAUAUGUUUGACAUUUCUAUUUUUUCCGGUGGCCCGUGGAUCAUCGGUGCUGCCAUUGUUUGGGCUGACCUCCGAAGGUAGCAUUAAGUACCAUAUAUGGCUGGGUCACUUGGUAAUGGUAUUCUUCACUGCUCAUGGACUUUCUUAUAUCAGCUAUUGGGCUGUUACACAUCAGAUUUCUGAGAUGUUGAAAUGGAGGAAAGCUGACUUUUCAAAUGUGGCUGGAGAGGUAGCUUUACUGGCUGGAUUAGGCCUGUGGGCUGCAACCUUCCCUCGCAUUAGAAGAAAAAUGUUUGAGCUCUUUUUUUACACCCAUCAUCUCUACAUCCUCUUUGUGUUUUUCUUUUUGAUGCACGUUCCCAUCUCUUUUGCUUGUAUUAUGCUCCCUGGUUUUUACCUCUUCUUGGUUGAUCGCUACCUGAGAUUCUUGCAAUCAAGAACCAAUGUUCGUUUAGUUUCAGCCCGCAUUUUGCCUUGUGAAACUUUAGAAAUCAACUUCUCUAAAAGCCCAGGUUUGAGCUAUAAUCCCACGAGCAUUCUGUUUGUGAAUGUUCCUAGCAUUUCCAAGCUGCAAUGGCAUCCGUUCACUAUCACUUCAAGCAGCAACUUAGAACCUGAAAAGCUGAGUGUUAUGAUUAAAAGUGAAGGAAGUUGGUCCAAGAAGCUGUACCAAUUGCUUUCAUCGCCUUCAUCGGUUGACCGUCUUGAAGUCUCAGUAGAAGGACCUUAUGGACCAGCUUCAACUCCUUUUCUAAGGCAUGAUGCUCUUGUGAUGGUGAGCGGAGGCAGUGGCAUUACGCCUUUCAUAACUAUAAUUCGAGAAAUCAUGUCCGCAAGCGCAAUGCACCAGUGCAAGACUCCACAAGUAACCCUAAUUUGUUCAGUCAAGAAUUCUUCAGACCUCACUAUGCUAGACCUCCUAAUUCCGUUAUCCGGCACUCCAUCUGCGUUUUCCAAUCUGCAACUAAAAAUUGAGGCUUAUGUUACAAGGGAAAAAGAACCCACAAUUGAUAAUUCGAAGCUCACUCGGAUUAUAUGGUUCAAGCCCCACCAAACAGAUGCACCUAUUUCUGCUAUUUUAGGCCCCAAAAGCUGGCUCUGGCUUGGAGCUAUUAUAUCAUCUUCUUUCAUUAGUUUCCUCGUUAUAAUUGGUCUUAUUACCCGCUACUACAUUUACCCAAUCGAUCACAACACAAAUUUAGUUUUCUCAUAUUCCCUCCGAUCUUUUCUCAAUAUAUUAGCAAUAUGCGUAUGCAUAGCGAUAACAGCAAGUGCAGCUGUUUUAUGGAACAAGAAACAAAAUGCAAGGGAAGCAAUUCAGGUUCAGAACAUUGAAGGGUCAACACCAGUUGGAUCACCAGGAUCAUGGUUCUAUAAUGGUGAUAGAGAAUUGGAAAGUCUCCCUCAUAAGUCACUUGCAGAAGCUACUAAUGUGCAUUAUGGUGAAAGGCCUGAUCUAAAAAGAAUGCUAUUCGAGUGCAAAGGUUCAAGUGUGGGAGUUCUUGUUUGCGGUCCGAAGAAGAUGAGACAUGAAGUCGCAACAAUAUGUUCAUCUGGAUUGGCAGAUAAUCUGCACUUCGAGUCCAUCAGCUUUAGCUGGUGAUCUCGCCAUCUCUUCGACAAGUGUUUCUUUGUUUUUGGGUCCUUACCUCUUGCAAGAAGAGACUUCACAGGUUUCAGUUGGUUCUGCUGCAAAUGUAUGUACUCGGACUAUAAGCAGCAUUAGUACUAUUGCGUUUGUACUUGUUUUAAAAGUUUAAACUGCUAAUCCAAUUUCCAAAAAAUAAAAUUAUGGCAUUGACUAUUAA